UCUGCCUAGCGAAAACCGUUCGAUUUUUCUUCCCGGAGACUUUCAUAACGUUUUCAAAUAACAGUACGUUCGAUGCUAGGCUAACAUUUGAGAUGUCCCCUCUGGAACAGGUGGUCCGUUGUAUGCAGGUGUUCAUUGUUCCAAUACUGAGCAGUCUGGGGAUUCUCGGAUCUGUGCUUUGCUGUGUGGUGUUCUUGAAAACACGACUUCGGAAAAAGUUUUACUCUCACUUCCUUGUAUGUGUAUCAGCGUCAAGUGGGGGAUUCCUGUCCACUGUGAUGACCACAUGGCUGAACGGUCAGGGCGUGGACGUCUACAGUGCUCCCGGAUUAUGCCAAAUAGUUGUGUUCUCAAGCCACUUUUUCCCUCUAUUGACCUUCUGGAGUACCCUAAUCGGAGCCUAUUUGAUUCUAUGGGAUUCUCUAAAACAAAGGAGCCUUGCCUGGAUGAAUAGUUCCAGCACAGCUAAGUGUAUUAUAGUUGCUAUGGCAAUUUCUGGAUUCACAAUGUACUCGUACAAGACGUGGACAAACGGAACGAUAUCCGUUAAGGGGUACAGGGUCUGUUCUGUUUUACCUGAGAACGAAGCUGCAAUGGCAGUGUUGAAUGUGCUUGAUAUAUUAUUCCUUCUGAUACUACCCUCGGUGUUCUUCUUGGUGUUUGACAUUUUAUUCAUUAUUACAAAAAUGUCAGGUCGAUGCAAAAUUCAUAAAUCGGAAUGCUCCAAACGGCAUCGCGAAGUUAUGAAGCUUGUUCUUGCCCAUUCUAUAAGUUUUCAUAUACUUGUUACACCAAGAGGUGUCUCCAUGCUGGCCUUCAUAGCAAAUCGUUGGAUAUAUGGAAUAUUGCCAUCUUUUAAUGAGAUUUUAACUCAACAAGUAUUUCAAUUUUUGUUCUAUGCCUACUUUGCUGUUUUGCCCUAUUUGCCUUUGCUCGUAUCCGAGAAAUUUCGAUUUUAUCUCCUGCUUUUGUUAGGGUUUAGGCCUGCGAGAAGGAGAUGUGGACUGUAUCCAAUGCGGCGCCAACCAUCCUUUCUCUGACCAAAGGCUGUCAACCGACUUCUGUCUUUUCGCGUUGAUCAAGCGUGUCUUCUGUAUUCUGGUUCAAUGAGACAUGCGAAACAUUUAUUGAAACUACUUUGAAAACCAGAGAUAGUAGAGACAUGAGAGGACAUUUAUACAACAUUUAAUCACUAAAUCUUUUCGACCUUCGUCUUAAUUUCUAUAUUUAAUAACGUUAAUAUUCGUCUGUAACUUGUGAAAUGUACUACGUGUGCCUUAUGUGGCUUGCCGACAAUCAUCAGCUCCCUGAAACCAAUGGUCUGUAAUCAAUUUGGAUGAUAUUAAACGUUGUGUGGCAUUAUUGUUAA